GGCCCUUUCCCAGCACGGUGCGCCUGCGCGCUGUCUGCCCGUUUCGGGGCCCUUUCCCAGCACGAUGCGCCUGCGCGUUGUCCGCCCGGUUCGGGGCCUUCCCGGUGCUGUCGCAGCGGCACUGAAGUUGAUGUACCUUCGGGCUCAGUCUCCGUAUAUGAGCGUGGUCACCGCUACGCAGUAUGUCGGUGCUGAGCCCGGUACAGAUUAAAGAGGCGAACGCGCACUUGGCGGCCGUGCAUCGCCGGGUGACGGAGCUGGAGCGGCGGCUCGAGGCGGCCGAGCGGACGGUGCGGGAACAGGCCGAGCGGCUAAUGGGCAAAGACCGCGAGCUGCAGGCCGCGAUCCGGGAGCUCACCCUGCGCAAGGACCGGGAGAUGGUGGACGUGCAGGAGAAAUUGCAGGAUUGCGAAGGGACAGUGCAGAGGCUGCAGACUGUGAUGAAGGAGAAAGACAACGUGAUCGCCCAGCUGAGACACCGCAGUCAGCUGCUGGAUAAAAUCACCCGCAGCCGGCCCCUGCUCGACAACUUGCUGUCAUACAUGGCUGAGGCUGAGCGCUCACAGAGUGACCACGUCCCAAACCUUGAUGCUCAGCCUGGCUUUCUUGAUGACCAUGCACAGUCCCCCUUCUUGGGAACCAAUGGAUUAAUGAACACCAGCCCCAGUGACCGAAAUUUCUCAGUUAGUGAGGAUGACAUGGAGGAACCUGGUCAAGAUGAUGCAAUCUUUGGGACCACUGUUUAAAGUUCUGCAUUAAGAGGUUUGACCCUCCUGUUGAGAGAUGUUAGAAAGAAUCCACAAGUGCCUGUUGUUUUUGCAGAAAUGGACAUCUCCAUGCCUACACCCGUGAAUAUCAAACCUCCACUUACUGUAAGAGGUGAAAACCAGAACAUUCCUAAACAGGGUGCCGUCCAAUUUUUCUGGAUGUCCCAAACAUACUAUUCCAAAGAUUCUGGCAUUUUUCACCCUCCAAUGUAAAACUGGGUUUUGUUUUGCUCUGAAUGUAACAGAACAGUUUGUGAUACUUAAUGAUCAUAGUGUGUUAAUAUCAAUGGGGUUGGGAUAUCUCUGGGUUUACCUAAAUCAGUUUUUUUUCUCUGAAAACUUGAGAAGGGGGCAGGAGUAGGCAAGUACUGAUCUUGUAAGCUCCACUGUAACGGGAAGGGAAGGAAAGGGUGAAUAAAGGUAGAAAGGGAGAAUGCAAAAGGGACUGGGAGUGUGACUGGUAGCUGAUCUAAAAUGUCUCAUGCUGUUGUUAUGCAGGGAGAUGGUGGACUUGCAGGAGAAAUUGCAGGAGCAAGAGGAAAGUCCAGCCUUUUCCCUUUCUCAGUGUCUCCCAGUCUUUGGAGUUAGUGAAAUUAAUCAUGUCAUCAUUGUAAUGAAAUUUGAAGUUGUUCUAAGGGUAGGUGCAUUGAGUGCCUGGAAGGGUAGAAGUUACAUUGUUACAGACAUUUCCUGUGUAGAGCCUGGCCAUUUACAAGGCACGCAAUUCAGUUACUGCUUGUGAAUGGAGUUUAGUUACUGGAGGUGGUUAUGGUGUGAUCUCUUACCUGAAGGGUCUGACUUUAAAUGCAGCCUAGAUUGGAGAAGCCUCUGCUCUAUGUAGGUAUUAGCAGCAUAGUUGUUUAAAUAUUAUCCUUGGUGCCUGGUAAGCAGAACAUACCCGCUUAAAGAGCUGUCUGAAUUGUUAGAGCUUUCAUGCGAGCAGAAAUUCUGUUUAUUCACACUAGCUACCUGCACUGACGGACACAGAUUAAGGUCAGGAUAUGAGCCAGGACCUGCAAAUGUGGGGACUGGACUCAUCACUGGGAUGGAGCAUUUUCAGGGUUCUCCACCUCAAUUUCUGAAUUCUGCCGUCACCCUGAUAUUAGCCUCAGCAACGCUGGCUGUAAUGGAUUCAAUACCUGUUUGAACCCAUCUAUUAGAUUUCUUGCUACACCCAGUUUCAAAAAUUCAAACAUCUGUGUUUGUUCUCUAGAGUUAACUGUUUAGAUUAGAUUUAGUUGUCACAUGUAGGAGUGUAGGAGUACAGUAAAAAUGUAGAGUCACCAGUCUCCAGCGCUGUCCCAGAAUACAGUAGCUGGAAUAAAAAAUUUAGAUUUAAAAACUAAGAGCUGAAAUUAAAGAAACAGAAACAAAAGGAAAAGAAAAUGUCCAGAUCACUCUUGCCGCCAGGAGUUUUGAGCCACGCUCUCAAAUGCUGCCUGUCUUUUUGCUCGAGGAGGACCUGGUGCUUGUGUUUGGUAAUGUGAACAGAGCUGCCCGUAAAGCUGUGAUGAUGAGGAGUGAGGAAGUGAUUCCUGACCAGUGAGUUGGUCCUACACUAACGAUCUAAUUAAUUUAGUCAUUGAGAACUGGGGACACUGCGUAUGUUCAAAGAGCUGUCCCAAACAACUGUUAUGUCUUGUGCACCACGCGAUAAUAAUAGGGUGAGGAAGUUUUGUUAUAAAGUUCCGACACUACCCAACUUCAAAUACAUCCAUAAGCUAGACCAAUGUCCAACAUUAGGACAGUCCAAUUAUUUCUUCAGCGCUGGUUUUUAGGUCUUGAUGGCUGUUUUCUGGCCAUUACAGGCACACUCUCAGCACGUAGACUAAAGGCAAAAUACCCUAAAGAGUAUGUAACUAUACUGUUAAACUGUCGUGGGGAUGUGACAUGGUCAGUGGAAAAAAUGGGUGUGCCCUGGGAGCACAAUUCUUCAAUAGGAAGAGGGCAGUUAGGAGAAGAUCUGUCCUGAGAACAGGGCAAUUGGGAGCAAGUCUACCCUUUGAACAGGUCAUUUGGUAAUAAAUGAGUGAACUUCUGGAGGUACAGCAGUGGAUGUUCUAAUAUUCAGUCUACAGAAUAGACAAAUAAUUUAGUGAUGUUUUUCAACAUAUGUUUUAUUGCUCAAUUUUUACCCAAUAAUGGCGAUUUUAGCAUUUCUGCAAAUUUGUGUGUGAAUUGGCUGCCACAGUUCCUGUUAGAAUAGUGACUACAUUUUAAAAUGUACUGCUUUGAUUGUAUUAGCAUGUUGGGAUAUUCUGUGGUUGUCAGAGAUACUAUAGAAAUACAAGUCACAGGGAGGCUUUCUUCAGGAACAUGGCGGACCGGCUUGUGGCUGCACAAAAUGCCUUUUAGCCACACACUGAGUAGAUGCAAAUUAAAUUUCCCUAAUAGUAAUUUUUGCACUUUAAUCCAUUGGGAUUGCACAACAGUAACCUGAAGUCUGGCUGGACUUGCACUCAUCUUCCUUAUAGGGCAUUCAGUGACUCAUGGUGAGGUAUUGAGGUUGAUGUAAAAUUAUAAAUUCAGUGCAAGUUUUGGAGUUCAGUUGUUGUUGGGUCCAGAGCUACGCAACUGAUCAGCUGAGAGCACCUUCAUUUCAUUGCAUCAAUUGGUCCUCCAGGGUUUUAACAUGGUUCUCAAUUGCAUGAGUUAAGAUUUCAUCUAUUUAUGCUGGCACUUCAUCUGUGAAAAGAAAUGUCAAACCAGUACAAUUGUAUUUUAAAGGGAAGUGAAGGUGUUACUAGCAGCCUCAUUACAGGAAAGAGUCUGCCGUGUGUGCACACAUAAUCUGUCACUAAGUUCUAGUUAUAGUUUUUGUUUUAAAACUGUAUUCAGUUUGAACAGUUGUGGACUGAUAACUCAAAUCCCAAAUAACUACAGUGAGGAAGGCUCCUGUACGUCCUUGGAGAAGUUUAGGGUCUUGCGGGCUGGACAGCUCAACAUCCAGUGCUGUAGAUGGUGACUAAUUUCUGAUAAAGGAGAGCUGACAUCAGACACUGAUAAGUCCUUCUGUCAGAGCUACAAUGUUGAAGGGGAGAGGAGGACCUUAAUCUUUUCUACCAGUCAUUCUGUUCUAUUGUGCUCUGCAAACCCUCUCGAUGAACUUGUAAUCCUCAUUCUGAAAUUUUGUUUUUAGAAAAAAUUCCAUUGCUAUCUAGUUUCAUUCGCUAUAGAGUCGCCCUUGCAUAACCACACUGCCUUGUCUAAUCACUUUCUGAUCUCCAUCUUUCACUGUAACCACUCGCUGAUAUCCAUUACUUGGUACCAGUACUCUGAUAUUUAUUAUUUUGUAUAAUUUCCUCUGUUAGUCAUCAUUCUCUUUAUAAAUCACUUGGAUAUUCAUUGUAGAUCAUUCUAUUCAUUAUUCUGUAUGGAUCAUUCAUUGUUCUCUGUAAAACAGUGUGACAUUUGUUAUUCUGUGUAGAUUGCUAAUAUUCAUUACCCUCUAAAUCACUGAUUCAUUAUUCUCUCUGCAAAUCCCUCUGAUAUUCAUUAUUCUGUGUAAAUCACUGCAAUAGUCAUUAUUCUCUGUGUAAAUCAUAUCCUAAGCGCCCGCCCCCCCCACCUGCCGUGGAAUCACCUCAUCUACUUUGUGAGAGAUCUGCUGGAUGGCAAUUAUUUCCUAACAUCUGUAAGAAUUAUCAGUAGUCACUAUGUACACCAAUAUCCAUAUAAUCACUCAAGAUAAUGUUCAUGUUUUCGCUUUUAAACCAUAAUCAAAAUCUAGUUUCUAAUUUUCAUAUAAUUUGUGAAAAGCAUAUGUCCAUUGUGCUGGAAUUAUUAUAUGAAUCCGGUGGAAAUCUGUUUAUUAGUUUGCUGCUGCAGUUCUUUUAGUAGUUUAAAGAUAUUUGUUACAAAAUACAUGGAUGGAAGUUACCAGGCAGUUGACCACCUUGACUUAAGUUUAAGCAAUAGUGAGCUUUCAAAGUUACUUUUGAACUGAUAUGUUAAGUUCAUACAAUUCUAAGGUUAGGUGACUGGUUUCACUCUGGGCAGAUUGUUACAAUGCAUCAUUGCCCUUUUCUCGUUCAACAUUCAAGUUGCUGAUUUAGUCUUAUAGCUGCAAUGUAUAUUACCUGACUGCAACAAUGCACUAAAUCACUGACAAGUUAGGACAUGUAGAAAACCAGUCUGUGCGUACAAAAAAUAAUAACACUUAGUUUUGAGGAGAAAGCAAUCUUUAAGAUGCUUGUAGAUUACAGGUAUAUGCCCAGUGCUAGCUUGUUCAUGUUCCCUUACAAUGUAGUCUUUUGUUUCAAGGGUUUUGGAACUAUGGUAUGAUGUUCAUUGUUUGAAAGUUACUCGGUGAAUGUAUCACAAGUUGCUCAGGGUUAAUGUUUCACACAUUUGCAGUUUCUCAUCAGCAUUUGUAGACACAAAUCUGAUAAAUUGGUGCCUUUUAUAAAACUGUGCAAUAACUUUAUAA